AUGAUGUAAACUAUCAUAAAAUAAAUGUUUAAUGAUUUAAUAAAUUCAAUAUAUCAUUCAUAAAUAAAAUUUAUAAUAUAAAUGUUAAAACCAAAGGCCUCAAUAGAGAGUGCAAGGGACACUUAUAUAGAAGUGUUGGGGUACACAUGUUAAUGGGUACACAUAUUGACAUGAGCUUCACAUGCACUUGUGUAAUAGUAGUGUGUGUGGCAAUUGAGGCUGGUACCCCUUAGUAAUAUAUUUCAUGAGUUAUCAGACUUCUAGAGUUCAAAAUUAUUAUAUUAACGUGACUUAAUCAUCGUAUAAUAAAUCCCGUAAAUUUAAAAUUUAUAAAACUAUAAAAUACUAGUUUUCAAAUUUUUAGAAAUAUUUCAGAAAAUAUAAAUCAAUUAUAAUUCACCACAAGGUUCAAAAAAGAGUAGGAAAUUUUUAAGUCAAUCAUAAGAAUGUAAGAUAAUAUCUGAUAAUAUUUCAAAAAGUUUCUCAAAGAAUACAAGUUUUUAUGAUUUUUAAAUUUAAUAAUAAAAAUAAAAUAUAUUUAAAAAUUUACAAAAAAUAAAAAUUUGGGUGCAGACAUCAAGAUAUAUCAUCACUUUGAUGAAAAAAAUUGAGACAAAAAUAGAGUCCACCUCACGAUUCUUUUGUAAGAGAUUACAUAUAAUAUAGUUGAUCAAAUUAAGAUAUGUAGAAAAUAGAAGAAUCAUAAUUUAAUGAAGAAGAAUUUUAAAAUUUGAAAUAACAAAAACUAUCACUUAUUUAAGCAAAAUGAAAUUUAAAAUAGAAAAGACAAAGUUUCAACUUCAUGACAUCAAUUGUCGGAAUUCUAUAUUUGAAAGAAUUAUCAUGUGAUGUCCAUAGUCUCAAAAGCUCUUCUUGUACAUAAACGACUUGGACAAUUUUUAGAUAUUUUUGUAAAGUCUAGAAUUCAAUGGAAUAGGUUGACGAAUCAUCUUCGACGGCUAUUACCUAGCAGAGUGGAAAUACGAUGACUUUCAGAUCUAUGAGGGUUGUCACCUAACAAAGAUAAGCUGAAUGGAGGUAGGGUGCGUCUUAGAGAGUGAUGUGACUUAAUCAUUAUAUAAUAAGUAAUGUAAGUUUAAAAUAUAUAAAACUAGAAAAUACUUCUAUUUAAUUUUUUAGAAAUAUUUCAAAAAAAAUUAAUAUAAUUUGAUAAAAGGUUUCAAAAAUAGUAAGAAAAUUUGAAGUUGAUUAGAGGGAUACAAGAUAAUAUAUGGUAAUAUUUUAUAAGUUUAUUCAAAGAAUUUAAUUUUUUUUCUUAGGGAUCGUCGAGGUCAACGAAUCCAUCGAGUCAGGCAUGUGCACAUGUGGAGGUCCAGCAACGGUCCACGCCAACUCCAAGUCAGAUCUAUUGA